AUUAACAAGAUUUAUAUGCCAUUAAGCUUGAAGAAUUUUAUAUGUCCAUCUGGCCAUUUCGUUUGGCCAUAAGUUAUAACUCAAUUUAUUUAUUGGAAUGUUAUUACAACAGUUGGAAAAUAUAUUUCGUGAACAUUAUGAUAUGGAGAUAAAAGUUGGUAGAAAUGAAAAUAGCAGAAAAUUUAAACGUGCAAAUACGACCGAAGCCAUACGUCUCACCAAGAAAAAUACAACGAAUAGUCGAGAAUUCACUUGGAAAAUUCAAGAUAAAACCAUUAAACUAAUGACAAAAAGAAGUAAAUGGACGGCAAAAUUACCAACCAAAUACAAGAAAAAAUUAAUUAAAGAAUGUUUAGAAAAAGAUCUUCGUGUGGUACUCAACAAAAUCGAAGAUUGUCCAAACAUUAAUGCAGUAUGGAUAUACGAUAAGAAUAUAGGAAAGUAUAGAUGGAUCGAUUAUGAACUUAUGAUUAGUGAGAAGGAAGAAAGUAUCAACACUAAAGACAAAACAAUAGCAAAAGAUUCAGACAAUGAAUUCAAUUUCAUCAUCAGUGAUAUUAGAGGUAACGCAUCAGAUAUUUUCGAAAAUUUUUCCUCUGAUGCAGAAACUGAAAUCAUGCCAAGUUGUGAUGAAUUAGCAGAAAUGGAAAAUGAUCUGUUCGAAAUUAAUGAGAAAUAUAAACCUGUUUAUAAUAAUGAUAUUAGCUCACGAGUUGACGAGUCUAUUACAAUUGAAGAAGAAAACGAAGAAGAAGCAAUAGACGAAGACCGUAUUGUUACUGAUACUGAUGCAAAUUACUCUGAAGGAAACUGCACCACUGAAAAUGAUCAAGAUAAAGAAUGGGAUAACCUUCUGAGCGAUAAAUUACAAACAGAUUCAGAAGAACCUUCAAAAAGCGAAAAAAAUAAGAAGCCGAGAAAAUCAGAAAAUUCACAACGUAAAAGUAAAAAUAGAGAGACGAACAAUAAGACAAGAAAAAAGAGAAAGAAUCAAACACGGAAGAACUUAUCCUUGAAAAAUCCGGUUUCCAGAAAUAUUAAAUCGAAUAAAGUAAAAACAGAUAAUGAUAAAUGCCAUUACUUGUACGUGAAAAACAGAAAGAGGAAGCAUUCCAAACUUUUUAACGAAAUCCUUAAAUUGGCACCAUCUUAUUGGAGGAAUAGAAAUUACCUCCGCCCAAUUUUACCAAAAAAAGUAGAAAAUAAAGAUUCAAAAACAUUACUAACAUUAAAAUUCAAGCUUUCAAAUUUACAUCAAAAGAUUGUUGAUUUAAAACAGGAAGAAGAAUGCAACAAAGAAAGCCAACACCAAGAUACAAAAAUCACAGAAAAUACAUGGAACGAAAAACCUCAGAGUAAUGAAGAUGAUGAAGAAGAGGAUCACAGAAAGAAAUAUAAUUUUAUAAACACUAAACCAGAUUACGUACAUCCGAAGAAAAGAUUCGACAGGAAAUAUAUAUCUACAGUAACAAAUAAUGAAAGUUAUAGUCUGAUUGAUCAAGAACUUCCUCGUUUUAACUGGUUGGAGAAGAAAAUUAAAUAUGGACAAAUGAAAACAGCCGAUAGGGAAAAUAAGGAGAAUUGUAAAGAUGAUGAUGUUUCUUGCUCCAAAGUGUUAGAAAUUGACGAAUCUGAAGAAAGGAUAUCGGAAAUUACAAUUAAUCAAAAAGAGCUUAUAUCAACAAAAAUCGAUAAAAACGAAAUUGAUAAAGGCGAAGAAUUGGCCUCUGAUGUGAAAGAAUCUUCUACAACUCUUACAAGUCAAACAAAUAAAUAUUUAAAUUCAUCAGAUUUCAAAGAUACAUCAGAUGAUUCGGAUUGCGCGCUUCAAAUUGAUGAAGAUGUUCCUCCUAAUCCAGAGCCUGAAGAGAGGAUUUUAGAAGAUGGUAUUUAUUUAGUUAUAAGCAACGAUCAUAACGGUUCACAAACUGAAGCACCUUACUUGGCACAAUCUACUGAUAUACUAUCUCAAGCUAUAGAAAAAAGUAAUUGUAAUCUUUCUGAAAAAGAAAUUACCAUAUCUUCAGAUUUAUCUUUAGAAACGGAAGAUAAAGACGAACAGGAACACGUAUGCAAUAAUAAAUCAUGCUUAUUAUCAGUUCCAGAAAAGUUGAAGACGAAUGUACAUAAGAAGAAUUUAUCACAAGUGCCUUGGUUAAAACCAUCAUCAACCAUUAUUGAAGAUAAUUUAGAGAAUAAUAAUAAUAAUAAUUCCGAUCCAAAAAUUAUCAAUCCUGAAUCAGAUCUUAAUUCAAAAACCUUUAUUUUUAACACGGAUCAAGUUAACAAAACGAAAAAUAAAAUCGAUAAUAGUGAAGUAACAGUUGAAUCAUUUAACGAAGCUGUUACUCAAGUGAACCCAGAUCAAGUGAAUGAAAAUAAAAGUAAUGACACUUUAAAUAAUGCAGAAAGUUCAAAAACUUUAGUUAUUGAGGAAGAAGAUGAGAGCAAAAAAGAUAAACAGAACAAUUCGAUGCCUUUACAAAAUAGUAAUUUAAACCAAUUGCAAUGCAUUAAUGAUCGUGUAAAUAAUGUGCAAAGUUUAAAUUAUUACGUUCCUCUUGCGGCAAAAGGUUCUGAAAAAAUCCCUGUGUUAUUGCCCUACAAAACACAAGAAAAUAAAAGUCAAUCCGUUAAAGAUUACGAAGUACCCAAAACUGUGAGCUUCAACGUGCCCACCGUUCCUCAAGAAACCAAUACUAAUUUUGAUAAUCUAGUCUAUAGCAAUGUAACAACAACACACAGGUGGAAUUUUCAAAGUUCUACCAUUACUCAAAAUCAAACUAAUGAUCCUGUUCCAGAGAAAAAUCAAGUAAACACUUCUUAUGUUAUUCAAAGGACCGAUGUUACUCCUCCAGUAACAAAUCAGAAUGAAAGAAAAACAGUCUCUCCUGCUUCUAACCAACCAAAAGAUAAUGUAUUUACUAUAUCCAAAAUAUUAGAAAUACCAAAUUCGGAAGAUAACAGAGGGUGUCGGGAAAAUUUGAAUUCUGAACCAAAAACUCAAGAAAGUGGAACUGAAAAUACAAAAUCGUACUCGACAACAUCACAGCAAGUAUUUAAUCAAGAAAAAAGAGAUGAUGAUGGCAUUAAAAUAGUUUAUGAUAGUUCGGUUGAUUCCUCAAAACCAAAGCCUAUCACUCCUACCGCAGAUUCUACUAGAAUGGAAAAAAAUAAACAGGAACAAACCAAUGAAAUCAUUCGAAAAAUUCUAACAGAAGCAAAAGUAACAGCAGAACAACCGAAUGUACUGAAACCUACUAAACCAGCAUUUACUCCCCCCGCGUAUAGACUACAAAUGAUUCCACCUACCCCAUUAAUAUCCCAACCUCUUCCACCCACUAAAGAUGUGGAAAAAUUGACAUUGCCACAAUUUAUGUCAGGCGUAGAAGAUAAAAGAAACAAACCACAGACUAAGGAAACACCAACCACUGAAUAUCAGAAUAUAUCCAGUUAUCAACAACCUCCGAAAUCAUUGAGGGAAGAGGUUGAAUUUCGUAAAAGAGAGCUGAUGUAUCUUGAUCAAUUAGCAAGAAAACGAGAAAAAGAAUUUGAAAGGUUGCAAAAUAUUAGAAAAUCUAAAAUAAGGUUGCUAAAAAUGCUAGAAAAUCGCAUCCCUCAAGCACUUACUAAAGACUACGGGACGGCAGAAAGUUUUAGUCCCAUUCAACCAAUCAAACCAACAGUUAACUGGAAUGGACAUUUUUUAAACAAGAACAUUAAAUUGUCAAAAACUUUAUCUUCGAUAGCGCAACCAGUGUCAGCUAAUCCUGUGAUGAUGAACAGUGUAGUUCCUCCAUAUCCAGCGUGUAUACCUGCAAAUGAACAUGUACAUUACGAAUUGAAGAAUUUCAUGUCUGCAAUGAACAAUAAAAUACAAGAUCCUUUAAAAGAAAAUCCAAAUGGUUAUAGCCAAGAAGAUCCCAACAGAGAUACAACACAGAAACCUAUUUAUUCUAUGGCAACAUUACCUUUCCGAGUACCUGCCACACAUCCUAUUGCAACAACAAACGUUGCAAGGGUUAUGCCAAUUACAUACGCGGAAUCUAGAGUGCUGCAACCCAAACCUGCUAAACCUGUUGUUGUUGCAACGAAUUUUCAAGAUCCCAAUUAUCCCAUAAAGACCUCAGUGAAUAUCCCAUUUUCAAAAGAUAACGGGGAACCAUCUAGUGUAAGUAAGGGUUGUUAUUCCGCUUAUCCUUAUCAAGAUAUGAGCCACAUGGACUCCAUGUUUUGCUGUGUUCCUCCAAAAAUAGUUUACAUGUCUAAUGGUCAACCAAAUCAUCCUAUUCAAAAUCAGUCUCAACAACAACCACAACCACAAAAACCGCAACCACAGCAUCAGCAGCAGCAGCAGCAACAACAACCACAAAAACAACCACAAUCACAACAGCAACAACAAUCGCAGCAGCAACUGCAGCAACAACAAUCACCUCACCAACAAGAAAAGGAUAAAGAAGAGCCAAUGAAAAACGCACAAAACAACUUAACAAACAAAGUUUGGUCCGAUCAAACGAAUUGGCAACACUGUCCACAGAAAAUAGCACCCAAGCCAAUUUACCAAUCGGACAUUAGAGUUGGAAAUUCUGGCUUCUGGCCAUCAUCCGCUCAAUCCAAUAUUGGAUUAUUUAAUAGAAGUCAACCUCAAAGUUUUCAAGCCGAAGUGAUACAGUCUCCUCCUCAAAGAGACGAUAAUUCGAACGGAUUAGUAUUUGUGGAUGCAUCUAAGGCCUCUCACACAUGCAACUAUUGUAAAGGAAAUGCAAUAUUCCUUUGUUCUGCCUGUAAAAAAGCUUGGUAUUGUGGAAGAGAAUGUCAGAAAAUCAAUUGGAUUCAGCAUUCGUCUGUUUGCAUAGCAAAUCGGAGUCUGACAUAAACGUUGAACAAAGCAUCUGUACAACGUUUCUGUACACGUCAAUAUUUAUCUGUGAUCUAAAAAAAACGAAAACAAAAACACAAAAAUACAAACAAUGUGCGCGUGCGGACGCUCACAGAUCUCAAUCUCAUUUAUUGCUCAAUGACUAUUUACUGUAUUAGCUUGAAGAAUUUAGAAUCUUUUAUGUUACAUUAUUCUUUUUAUUUUCUUCGUGCAAAUUUCAUGUUCCGUCCAUUGGAAGAAAAGAAACUUCAAAAAGAAACAGCAAAAGAAAAGGAAAAAAAAACAAUUUUUAGAUACAGUCAAAAACAUUGUUGUAUUAUUUAUUGUAAUAAAAAAAAUCAUU